AAGGAAAAUGAUGGAGGGAUAUUUACCAGAAAUGCAAAGCACGCUGGAGCCAGUCAGUCUGUUGGAUGAUGCCUCUUCCAGAUCCCCAGAUAACGAGAAGUCUGAUAAAACACCUGGAAUGAAGGACUGCUCAAGCAUCAGUUAUACUGGAGAUGAUGAUGGUGUCUUGGAAAGGGAAUCGAGGUUGUUGCCCUCGGACCAGGAUUCAGCAGUUAUUGGCAUAAGCAACGACGGGGCCCUGGCGGAAAGACAGGAGCAGCAGCGUGGAGGGGCGGACUGCUGUGCCCAUACCUGCUCUGAAGGAAAGGUAGAAGGCUCCACAAAAAGAGAAUAUAUAUCUAAUGAAGAAUUUGAACAACAAGAUCCAAAACCUAAUCAGACAGAACAAUCAUUAAUGGAAAUAUUACAGGAGCUAAGGGAGGAGUCUGACUUCGUGAAAAAAUCUAGUGAUAAAAUCUAUUCAGAAAGCCCUUAUGACACAGACUGCACAAAGAAGCUUAUUUCCACAAUACAUCAGACUUCCUCACAGGAGGAUUUGCUAAAGGAAAUAGAGUCUGAACUCUUAUCUACAGAUUUUUCAAAGCAACAGAAAUUCCCAAAUGGUGUGCGGAAGGGUGAACAUGCCUUGGCCGCGUUUGAAAAAUGUGUGCAAGAUAAGUACCUGGAGCAAGAACAAACUAUAAAAAAGUUGAUUAAAGAAAAUAAAAAACAUCAGGAACUGAUUUUGGAAAUUUGCUCAGAAAAGGACAACUUAAAAGAUGAAUUGAAAAAACGAACAGAAACAGAAAAGCAGCACCUCAACAUUAUUAAACAGCUGGAAGCAAGAAUGGAAGAGCUUAAUAAAGAAGUGAAAGCUAGUAAAGACAAACUUUUAACUCAAGAUGCAGCAGCCAAAAAUGCUAUUCAGCAGUUGCAUAAAGAGAUGGCCUUUCGAAUGGAACAGGCAAACAAGAAAUGUGAAGAAGCACGCCAUGAAAAGGAAACAAUGGUGAUGAAAUACGUCCGAGGGGAGAAGGAGUCACUUGACCUCCGAAAGGAAAAGGAGAUACUUGAGAGAAGAGUGAGAGAUGCAAACAAAGAAAUUGAAAAGCAUACUAACAAAAUCAAACAACUUUCUCAGGAAAAAGGAAGAUUGCACCAGCUCUAUGAAACUAAGGAUGGUGAAGCCACUCGACUUAACAGAGAAAUAGAGAAAUUGAAAGAAGAAAUCAAUUCUCAUGUUAUCAAAGUAAAAUGGGCUCAGAACAAAUUGAAAACAGAAAUGGAUUCACACAAGGAAACGAAAGAACGCCUCAAAGAUGCAACAACAAAAUUAACUGAAGCAAAAGAAGAAGCAGACCAGAUAAGGAAAAACUGUCAAGAAAUGAUAAAAACCUAUCAAGAGUCAGAAGAAAUUAAAUCAAAUGAAUUGGAUGCAAAACUCCGAGUAACUAAAGGAGAACUAGAGAAACAAAUUCAGGAGAAGUCUGAUCACCUGGAGGUGCAUCAUGCAAAAAUAAAAGAACUGGAAGACUUGAAGAGAACAUUUAAAGAAGGCAUGGAUGAGCUUCGAACACUGAGAACAAAGGUAAAGUGUCUAGAGGAUGAGCGUUUAAGAACAGAAGAUGAGUUAUCCAAGUAUAAAGAAAUCAUUAAUAGACAGAAAACUGAAAUUCAGAAUUUGUUGGACAGAGUCAAAACUGUAGAUCGUCUGCAGGAUCAACAUCAGAGAGACGAACAAGAAAUCAGUUCUUUAAAGGAAGAAGUAGAUGGUUUCAAUUUGCUGAUUGCUGAUCUCCAGAAGGACAUUGAAGGUAGUCGGAAAAGAGAAUCUGAGCUAUUGAUAUUCACUGAAAAAUUGACCAGUAAGAAUGCACAGCUUCAGUCUGAAAACAAUUCCUUACAGAGCCAGUUGGAUAAGCUUUCUUACAGCGAAAGAGAGCUGCAGAAUCAGCUGGAAUGUGCUCAACAGACUAAAGAUGAUCUGGCCACCAAGUUGCAGAAGGAGGAGGAUCAGCGAAAGCUAGAGGUUGAGACGCUACAGGCUCAGCUAGCUUCAGAGCAGAAAGAACUAACAGCGCUGAAGACCCAUGUGGAUGAACUGAAAGAUGAAUUGGCUACCCAGAAGCGCAAGCAUGCAGCAAACCUGAAAGAUCUCACGAAACAGCUUCAGCUAGCACGGAGGAAAUUGGAUCAGAUGGAAAAUGGUAAUUAUGACAAAGAAGUCAGCAGCAUGGGGAGCCGUUCCAGUUCAUCAGGGUCCCUUAACGCGCGCAGUGGCAAUGAGGAUCGGUCCCCUGAGAAUACUGGAUCUUCAGUAGCUGUGGAUAGCUUCCCAGAGGUGGACAAGUCUGUCUUGGUUGAAAGAAUACUAAGGCUACAGAAGGCACAUGCUCGAAAAAAUGAAAAGAUGGAGUUUAUGGAGGAUCACAUUAAACAACUGGUGGAGGAAAUCAGGAAAAAAACAAAAAUUAUUCAGAGUUACAUUUUGCGGGAAGAAGCUGGAACACUAUCGUCAGAGGCCUCUGACUUCAACAAAGUACAUUUGAGCAGACGGGGUGGGAUUAUGGCAUCUCUGUAUACAUCUCAUCCUGCAGAUAGUGGUCUCACAUUGGAACUCUCCUUAGAAAUAAACAGGAAGCUGCAGGCUGUGUUAGAAGAUACAUUACUGAAAAAUAUUACAUUAAAAGAAAACCUUCAAACUCUAGGAGCAGAAAUAGAACGGCUUAUUAAACACAAGCAUGAACUGGAACAGAGAAUAAAGCAGACGUAACUAAAACUUGUAUGGAAUAACCAACAUGAAGAUGCAAAAAAAGGCAGGUGCUACAGACCACUGUUUUUUACAUUUUUCCUGAAAUUUGGUUGCCUGCCAGCACAAGCAUCUGGUAUUUUGCAUAUACAGGCUUACUCAUGUGAGACAUCUACAACGUGGUUCUGUCUACACAAUACCAGCCUGAGGUGUUGCUGAAUUUUACAACACACUA